CAUCGACGUCCUGGGUCAGACCGUGUCUUCUCGAACAUGUCUCCCAGGUACGACACCCUCCAGCGCCACAUCGAGGCCAGUCACCGCGAUACUCCCUUACGCAUUUGCACUACAACAAAAUCAAUAUGACUAAGGGCACGGGAGCGGGUCGAUCCGUGGCCACUCGUCCCACUACAUGUGGGAUCUGCGAUGUGCCGCUCGUCAACCACGAAAACCUCCGGCGCCACAUCCAGGCACGUCACCGCGAGGCCGCCGCCGAGCUGCGGGCACAGGAGCGAUACCGGCCUGUGCCGUGCGAUCACGCUGGCUGCGACCGAGGCUUCGACACACCGAAGCAGCGAGCGGCUCACAGGCGCAAGGCUCAUCGCCCCGGCAGCACGACGGCCGGCCCGCCUCCAGCUCCUGUGCCCAGCUCCGCCGGCGCCGACGGGCUCUCAGUCUUCGCCAAGCUCAUCAAGGCGAAGUGGGACAAGAACCUGAGCUGGCGUGCCAUCGCAGUGAAGCUCCAGCCUCAGCAGUCGGAGGUGGCCCGAACUCUUAUCGGGUUCACUCGACCUUCUGGGACCGACAUGGAGAGGCUGAGCAUCCUCCUCGAUGUAGACCUGCAGCUCAUCACUCGUCGGCAUGCAGCUUUACUAGCGGCAGCGCCAUCACCCGGCCGCACUGCCUGCUUUGCCCAUGCGAAGGCAACAAGAGGGCACCUGAUUCAGUGACGUUGCUGCUCUCCUCUACAAGAGAGAAGAAGACCCGCCGUCAACUCGCAUCUUUACUUCGCCAUCUCACUUCUCAUUUGAAGCCAGAUUGAGAGCCUCUCCGUGCCCAUCACACUGCCACCACACGUCCAUUCGAAUUCACUGCACAAGCUCAUAAAGACGGACGCUCAACUCGGCACCUUCUCAACAGCAUGCGGCCUGGCCAUCCGGCGUGAGGACGGUAGCACCGACCGUGUCCUCUUCCCCCGCCCACC